AUGGACACUGCACACGUCUACUAUCCACCGUCUUCAUGUGUACCAACCGCGCCGUCACGAAUGGGACACAAGCAAUCGGCUAGAACUCAAGCUCGCGCUCGAGCAAAUCGACGUCAUAUUAGCUUGACGGCCAUGCCACCUUCACCACGACGAACUGAGGAGCAGACGUGUCGUCAGACAGUAAAUUCAUCUGCGGAGAUAUUCCGAUCGCCUCGUGUACUGGAAGAAGUUGUUCAAGUGGAAAAGAAACAUCAAAGUGUCUUAAACCAGCAACAGAAAUGUUCAAUGACACCGGAAGAAGCAAUCGGCAAACUUCGACAAGCAAUUUCAGCUUUAACACAUAGUGGAAAAUGUGUAACUUUCGACACUUUGGGAGCUGAGGAAAUGCUGGCAGGACUGAAAGCUGCUUGCUGGCAGUCUUUUGCAUCAGAACCUGCAAUUAAAGAGUGCAGUCAAGUGAAUCAACAGCCAAAAUUUCUCUACUCGCAAGUACUACGUGGCACUGAAAAAAUGUUUCACGAAGAGGAAACUGUGUGUCAGGAGCUACGUAUUCAAAUUCGACAAGUGGAAGAGCGCAGCAAUGAGCUUCCGAAGAUGAUUCAAGAGUGUCAAGCUGCUGUAACACGUGCGAUGAAAUCGGCAGUAGACGGCAACGUGCCAUUAGAGCGGAAACUGAGUUGUGCCAGUAUUGUCGACGGAGCUGAUGUAAGUGCAACAACUGCCACAAUUCGUGAAGAGAUAGCUGAGACCCGACGCCGCAAAAGCUUACGCACGUGGGCGUGCAACGAUCUUCGCGCUGGCUUAAACGACCUCACCACACGCCACAGCGAACUAAAGCGGCAGGUGUACGUUGCCACUUCCGAAGUGAAAAGGGAAGAGCAAGCCAACAAACUGCGAGUUAAGCGACUGGAAGACUUGCGCACGUUAUCAACUGCCUCAUCGCUGCUGCCAACGGGUCGAGUCGGCUCCAAGACAUCCACGCAACAGCAACUUGCACGACUCGCUCUAGCGCUAGCAAAGCAUCAAGUACUUCAAGAAACGCAUAAAGAUCGGAAGGCCUCGUUGCGAGCUCGUACCGAAGCCAUCUUCGACGUGCGGAACCAGUUGCGGGAGCUGAAUGAUCAACGUGUCACGGUUGAGAAAAAAAUGAAGGAUCUUGAAGACGAAGCUGCGCAUAUGAAGCGAGCCUUCACUCCUCGUCCAGACUGGAGUGAGUUGCACGACGCCACAGUUGUAACCACUGCGGUGGAUCGGGUGGAUCCAUCGGCACGAAUACGCAUGGGAGCGACUCGUAACAAAUUAUCAGGCGCUAAAGGGGCCGAUGUCGAUGAAGAUCGCGCAAGUGAACAACGGAUAAUGCAAAUUUUGUCGAGUAACUGGAGUACAGUGGAGAAAGUUGGCGCCAUGGCAACAGAACUGGCAACAAUCCGAGCACGUGAUCACGCAGGAGACACAAUCUUGGCAGAGCAGAAGAAACUCAAACACCUGCAUAAAGAAAUUGCAUGUUUGAUGCAACAACUGGAAGUGAUAAAAGCGCAAUCUGCAACGUAGAAAAAAACUGCAUUUUCACUGGUUAAAGUACCAAGAAAUUACGCUCAGAAGUGGAAAACUCAUAAGUAACAUGGUCGUACCUGGAAUAAUGAAGCUACGGACCAUGAGCAGCCUUCACAGAAAAUUCAACGUUGGGCUGUACGUCAAGUAAGGGAGCGAGGACGAGUCGUCCCAGCUGAAGGUGCUGGAGUCCGUUGCCAUUGCUAGUUCCUCCGUCAGGUCAUUCUCUGUC